AACCCGUGCGAGAGCCGAACGACAGAGUCAGUCAAGUCUCAGCGCUCGCAGCGAACAGUCGCACUGCUCCUGUUCUCUCUAGCUCUCUCUUAUACGCGAGUGUGUUAGCGCACAGUCUAGUAUACACAUACUACAACAUAUACUCGUGCAACGAGUAUUAAAGUGAAGUGUGUUACAGUGCUGAGUUUGGAUAUCACAACACAAGUGUAUCCAAUACAUCAUAACAAAGUGAAUAAACAAACGAGUUAAUUUUCGUUCAACAUUAUUAAUAUCAAAAUGGUUACUGGAGUCCAAACCAUGCCAGCGGGUGCUGUCACCGUCAGUGUCGCAUCGCCGUCUCAGCACGUGCCCCAAGAGGCCGUGCAGCCGGCUUCGCCACCGCAGACGACCUCCCCGACACCGAGGAGGUCCAGCGAGAAUCGACGAAGCAACAAGCCAAUCAUGGAGAAGAGACGCCGAGCUCGCAUCAACAAUUGUCUCAACGAGCUCAAGUCUCUCAUCCUCGACGCAAUGAAAAAAGACCCAGCCAGACAUUCGAAAUUGGAAAAAGCAGAUAUCCUCGAGAUGACUGUCAAACACUUGGAGUCUCUUCAGCGUCAACAGAGUGCCCUUACCCAAGUGGCCGACCCCACAGUGGUCAACAAGUUCCGCGCCGGAUACAACGAGUGCGUCAGCGAGAUCGGCCGAUUCCCCGGCCUCGACUCCGCAGCCAAACGUCGCCUUAUGGCUCAUCUGUCGAACGUCGUCGUCUCCUCCGAUGCCAAUGGAAAUCAAACUGUCCCAACGCAACAGAGCAUUCAGACCGCCGGCGCUCACCUGCAAGUUCACAUCUUGCCGAGCUCACAGGGCGACAACCCCGCCCAAGUGCAAGUUCAAACCCAACCCGCCAACAGCAUCCUCUACAUGACUCCAAACGGCGCAUCUCUUCAGCUCGUGCCAACUAGACUGUCCAACGGAAGCAUCGCGCUCGUCGCGGGUAGCCCAAAAUCAUCGCCGAUCGCACCACCCAGCACCAUCCCGACACCAGCUUCGUCGCCAGCACCAUCGUCGCCUCUGCCGACGCUCAUCCCCAUCCCAGACAGAACGGCCAGCACAGCUUCGGCCUCUUCGUCGGUCUCGUCGAACAUGUCAACCUCCACAUCGGCAGCCAGCCCCGUCGCCUUCGACUCGCAAUCGUCGAGCAGCUAUCACUGCGAGGAGUCGCGCUCGCCCGCGCCCAGCCACGACGCCUCGACGUCUCCGUCCUCCGCCGGCUAUCACAGCGAUCCCGAAUACGAUCAGAGAAUCUUCAGCCCACCGCUGCAGAAGCCUUUGAGCUUGGUCAUGAGGAAGAGCGUGAUCAAAGAAGCCAUCGAAGAAAAGUGCUGGAGGCCGUGGUAAAUCGAUAUCUACCCGGAUUCAACAAGAACAACAACCAAUGCAACCGAAAAUUAGUUCAUAGGAAAAGCUACAUUGUGAUCUCUCGUUCUUUUUUUAAAAGACGAGACAAAAAAAACUCGGGUGAUUUUCGAUUUUACUACGCAUAAGGCGUUCAAGUUCAGCAGCAGCGAUAUACGGGCGGCCGGCAGCAGAGUUACAGCGACAAGUGCUCUGUUCGGCUUCGGCGGCAACUCGAAAUAAUUUUUUUCGAUGCAAGAAGAUGCAGACUAAAAACUAGCAAUAUAAGUGCGAAGAGUGUUUGGAAAAAAGUAGGAUGAAGCGUCGAGUGUAAAUAUAGUUCUUAAGCAAGUGUGAACAAGUUGUGAGAUUCAAACACGAUAGAUGCCCGAGUAGACGUUCGCUUAAUUAAUAAUUUUAAGCCUCUCUCCGUUGGCUAGUGCGAUGUAUAGCUGGAGCCUAAAAAAAAACAGUGCCUUUUAUAAUAUUGUAAAUAUAACUGCGAGAGACAGUAUCCUCGUUAAAAUUAGGCCUCUAGCGACGGAGAGAAAUUUUUUUUUGAGGAGAUAAAGUUUUCGGACUAGGAUUCUCUGAUCGUGAUAUGUAACAACUACUUUCGAGUGUCGAUUCGAUUCUCUCGGCUAUCACCGCGCUCUUAUCCUACUAUUUUUUUAAUUUUGUAAUCGCUGCGAAGCGAAAUAUGUAAGAAUAUAGCGAGGUAUAAUUUAUUAAUUUUUGUUUAAUAAGUGCCUUACGCAACAAGAAUCACCGUUGUCUUCCAUUUCUGUUUUUCUUGAAAAAAAUAUACCUGUCUGCGAAUCCCAAUUUUGAUAUUAACGUUAGUAAAAAGCGAGCAGACGAAGCGAAAUUAUCUCUUCGUCACGUGUAAAUUUAGUUUUUUGUAAAAUAGCGAAUGAAUGGAUGCGUGUGUCAGAAAAAAAUUAUAUAGAACGCAAGUCAAAUAAAUACUGUAUUAUAUAUAAAUAAAAAUAUAUAUUAUAUUAUAUGAUAAUAUUAAAUAUCUAUCAAUGAUGAAUAGAUGCAAAAGCUAAAUAUUAAACAAA